UGGGAGCGGGGCUGUUGAUAUCAAUAUGGCGGUUGUCAGCCAGACAAAGACAGUCAGUCUGAUGUGAUUGAGACAAGGGAGGUUUUCAGGGGGAGACUGGGAGAUAGGGGCCUCCCCUCCCCCUUCCCCUCCUCCCACGCCGGCCUCCACCCCCUUCCCCAGCCCCCCUCUCGCCCGAGACCCCGUGCGGAAGACACCCCUCCCCCCUACCUCAGCCCUUCUUCUUGGGACGUUGGGGAGGGGGUUGUCCGCGAGGCGGAGAGAGAGAGAACUCAGCCAGGCUCCUGAGAAUGGUAAUUAACGCUGACAGACUUCAAGAAGCAUUUUGACUUCCCCUCCUCAUGUAAAGUAUGCUCAGUUCCUUUCCAGUGGUUUUGCUGGAAACCAUGUCUCACUACACAGAUGAACCCAGAUUUACUAUAGAGCAAAUAGACCUGCUUCAGCGCCUUCGACGUACUGGAAUGACCAAACAUGAAAUUCUCCAUGCUUUGGAAACUUUGGAUCGUCUUGAUCAAGAGCAUAAUGACAAAUUUGGGAGAAGGCCCAGCUAUGGAGGUGGUUCCUAUGGAAAUAGUACCAACAAUGUCCCAGCAUCUUCCUCUACAGCUACUGCUUCCACACAGACCCAGCAUUCAGGAAUGUCCCCAUCACCCAGCAACAGUUAUGAUACUUCCCCACAACCUUGUACUACCAAUCAAAAUGGGAGGGAAAGUAAUGAAAGGUUGUCCACUUCAAAUGGAAAGAUGUCUCCUACUCGUUAUCAUGCAAACAGCAUGGGUCAGAGAUCAUACAGUUUUGAAGCCUCAGAAGAGGACCUAGAUGUAGAUGAUAAAGUGGAGGAAUUAAUGAGGCGGGACAGUAGUGUGAUAAAAGAGGAAAUCAAAGCUUUUCUUGCCAAUCGGAGGAUUUCCCAAGCAGUUGUUGCACAGGUAACAGGUAUCAGUCAGAGCCGAAUUUCUCAUUGGCUGUUGCAGCAGGGGUCAGACUUGAGUGAACAGAAGAAAAGGGCAUUUUAUCGAUGGUACCAGCUUGAGAAGACAAACCCUGGUGCUACUCUAAGUAUGAGACCUGCUCCUAUUCCAGUAGAAGACCCAGAAUGGAGACAGACACCUCCCCCAGUCACUGCAACAUCUGGCACCUUCAGACUACGGCGUGGUAGCCGAUUUACUUGGAGAAAAGAGUGCCUGGCUGUCAUGGAAAGUUACUUCAAUGAAAAUCAGUAUCCUGAUGAGGCAAAGAGAGAAGAAAUUGCCAAUGCCUGCAAUGCUGUCAUACAGAAGCCAGGCAAAAAACUGUCUGACCUGGAACGAGUUACUUCCCUAAAAGUCUACAAUUGGUUUGCCAACAGAAGGAAGGAGAUCAAGAGAAGAGCCAAUAUCGAAGCAGCAAUCCUGGAGAGUCAUGGGAUAGAUGUACAGAGUCCAGGAGGCCAUUCCAACAGUGAUGAUGUAGAUGGAAAUGACUACUCAGAGCAGGACACUUGGCAAGUACGCAAUGGGGAGGAGGAGGAGGGACGAAGUUCUGAGGGAGGCAGAGAAGCAGAGAAGGAUGACAGCACUAGCCAUAGUGACCAUCAAGAUCCCAUCUCGCUAGCUGUGGAAAUGGCAGCAGUCAACCAUACCAUAUUGGCCCUGGCCCGGCAAGGAGCCAGUGAGAUCAAGACAGAGGCCCUGGAUGAUGACUGACUGACUGAAAGAGGGAGGGUCGAACUCAAGAAGUUAACUUAGUUUUAGACGUAGCACCUUAGCAGACUUUCCUCGGUCCUUAAUAUGUGUUCUUACAGUAUAACUUUGCAGUUUCUUGUAUGUCAGUUAGCUGUUAGGGUCUUGUUCUGUGAAGAUGGCAUGGUGCCCUCAGCCUUUGCAUAUACUCUCUCAGUAUUAAUUCCCAGUAACUAAUAAUCAAUCAAUCAACCAACCAAACUUCCCUCUCCCAGCCCCUGUGGCUCGAAAAUCUUGCUGCUCUGUUCUGUCUUAGCAUUCCAAGAAAGUGCUUCCAGGUAUUUUAGAUAGGCCUUGAUUUUCAAAUAUUAGACUACAUGUAAAAUCUCGGAUAACCUUAGAUAUCAUGUCACACUAGUCUAUCUACCCUUCUUUCCUUCUCUAAGACUGAAAGGAUGCAAGCUGAGGUAGUGUGGCACAGGAUUGACAGACACCAUUUGGGAGUAUCCGCAAAGAGUAAAAAGAACACUACAAUCCCCACCUCCGUGUGAGAAUAAUGGAUUUCCAGCUGCAAUAAGCCGUGCCUCAUUAUAGUCACACUGUGGCUAGAUUAUACUUCUCUGGGUGCUGUGCUAAGAAUGUCAAUGGGAAAACAUAUUCGCAGAUUUUGGUUGAUGUUAACAUGCCCAACACAGACAUCUUCUCCUAUCACAAGCUGUGUGACUUAGUGGAUAAAAUACUGCCUUCUGCCUUUGGGACCAUGUUAAAAGCCCAGCCUGAGAGCAUUGGGGGAAAUGAGCUGAAUAUCUAAUGGAGGCUAAGUUUACUUCUUAGAACCACUAUACAUUAUGGGCACAGCUACUAGUGCCUGACCGGAAAAGAUCCAGGAUUCACCAUCAAAGUUGCAUUACCCUUCCCUUGCCACCAAAAAGAAAAAAAAAUUUAAAAAACAGACGCUCUCAAGGAAUGGAUUAAGGUCACGAGUGAAUGGGCUUAUAACUUUGUCUUUGUAAUUCUUUCCUGCAAUCUACAAAGUAUGAUUUGAUAGAAGACUUUGCUACAGCAAUUAUAUGGGGUCUCAUAAAUGCAAAUACUCACUUAAAUAUGAGUAGGAAAAAGGCAGGGGAUCAUUUGCCACUUACAUUGUAGGAGAUAUAAUGGGAUGUGACUGCUUUGGUGUUCUUCUUUACUCUGUCCUUGUAAAGGUAUGAGAAAGUUAUACUGCCACAGGCAAUUUAAUUAAUAAUUGGAAGCCAUAUUGAUAAUGGAUGUGGUAAUAUUUGUAAAGUUUAAUCUACUUUAAGCAGCAGUAACUAAUGGAAUUUUUUUCCUUGAUCACAUAUGUAGCACUUUUGUUACUUUUUAAAGAUAUUUAUAUUUGAUAAAUCCUUUUUUCAUUUUGAGAAUUCAAAAUACCAAACAGUGAACUUGCAUUAUCGAGUCACCCUGCAAUCACCUUGUCAUCUAAUAGUAAAAUGAUGAACUAUCCAUGCAUCGAAGAAAAUUACAUCUGCUGGCAUUGUCUGAAAAUGAUCUCCUGGCGUCCUGAUUAAAUGACAUCGUGUCAUAGCCGGUAAGAGGAAGCAGCAGAGGAUGUGCCUGAAGUAGGCACAAGUGCUGUACAUUUUCUGCCUCAUUCCACCUUUUCUUUCCAUAUACAAUGAAACCUUGUUUAAUGGAGAAUAAGAGGCUAGCUGUUAAGCAGGGCUUCUAGAUCUUUUGUUCUUCACAGAACUAUUUCCAAUAGGGAAUGAAGGUGCCAUUUCUUCUCUUUUUUUCUUUGCCCCCUCCCCCUUCUGACACAAAUGUCUUGAACUUCAAACAUUGCUAGAGAGACUGAACUCCCUUAUUUUCUCCUCCUCCUUUUCCUUUUGAGUGGAGUUCUCGAGCAUCAUCAAGUUUAUAAGAUCUACGCUAACCAAAUCAUCUCUUCAUCUGCCAGUCUUGCUAGCUAAGUGUAAGUAGGAGUCAGCACUUUCAGAAGACAUGCAGUUCACAUCUAUCCAUGGUUUUGAAGAGCUCUAUUUCAGGGGGAAAAUAUAUAUGCUUUUCACAGAUGUGGACAACAGAAAUAAAGCAAAUCUGUUUCCCUCUUUUGAUUUAUAUUACUUGAAAAGACAAAUUUGAGUAGCAUGACUUAUGCUCAGGAAUUAAAUCAUUU